CGUCAAUUUGAUAAUUGAUCAGUAAGUCAUCAGAUUACCGUAAUUCCCGCCCUGCAGAGCGCACCGGGUUAUAAACCACGGUACACAGAAAGAGUUGAACGCUAGCGCAGCGCUAGCGUUAGUGCAGGAGGCUAGCGUUAAACUCUUCGUGUGUACCGAAGCUUACAACCAGGUGUGCUAACGCUAGCCGCCGCAUAAACCGCAGGGUUGAAAACGUGUGAAAAAAGUUGCAGCUUGUAGAACGCAAGUCACUUGACCCUCGUCCUCAUUUUCACGUCAAUCCCUACAAGAAAAACUGGGCGAAGUUUGAGGCCGCCUUUCAUUCUUCGUGGCCGGGAGGGAAAAGAGGAUCGACCAUCAUACUAGCUGGCGCUUGGCCUCGCCCACACUGACGGCAUUGUCGAACCCCCCCACCACCACCACAACGCACUCGCGCAGUCAUGAGACUGAAACAUGCGACUCCAAUUGUGGGUCGUCUCGGCGUGUUUGUCAUCUUCUUCGCACGCCAACUGACGACAUGGUGUGCGGUUCCUGCUUUUCUCUUUCAUCUUCCACCAGACGCUGGUUUUCUUCAGGGUCGGGAGGGUCAGAGUUCAACCCUCUGCACCCCCGGCAGGGACAAACGCCGUCUUCACUCUCUCAGCGGGGCGUUAUUUUAAUUUUUUUUUUUUUUGGGGGGGGGGGGUUUCUAUGGCAACAACGGGACAGAGCAUGAUGCUUUCGGCACUCCUUUAGCGACUCGCCGCCAACUGUGCUGAAAACAUCAGGGGGGGGGGGACGGCAAGUGACGGAGCCGAGGAAGUGCAGGAAGGAAGUGGGAGAUAAAAAGGAAGGAGGCAAGGGAGCAAGGAAAGGAUGGAAGGAAGCAGAGGGGGAGGGGUCAAGUGAGCAGACGAAGGUUGAUAAUACAGUGGGGCGGCCUGUAAUUAAAGAUUAUUUUAUUCACCCAUUCAUCUCUUGAGUAUUUUUCCUCAGUUAAUCACUUAAAAAAAAAACUUUUUGAGUUAACCCUUAACUCCAUGCAAAAACAGAAAACGCACAAAGAAUCUCGUGAUAAUUCAGUUCAUAAUUUGGACAUCCUUCAAAAUGUUGACACUCCCCCCCCCCCUCCCCCCAAAAGUAAAAGCAGUCAUUUCGAAAUGUCUUGUUUUGAAAAGCCCAAAUGUCAAAAAGGGAAAGGGGGACAAUUUGUAGUCCAAACAACCGCCCUAGACGAUUAAUUACGUUUCAAAAACAGUAGAUUAACUUGAUCAUCAAAGUUGUGAAUUAAUCAAUUAAUUGUUGCAGCCCUCGAGCGAAGGAAGUGGACAAGAAUUAAGGCUUGAAACAGGAAAGGGAGUGAGGGAACUCGUUAAUAGGCGCUUCCGGUCACACACUUCCGCCUUACCUGCGUCUACAGAGCGGGGUAUGACGUCACUUUCCCCCGUGACGCUUCUGUCCUCAAGCACAUUUUUAACUUUUUUCCACGUUGUUUUAAAGAGUUCGCUCUCUUCUACCUUGUUGCCGUCGAGUUCGGGAACUUUUCGACAACUUCAGCAUCUUCGUAGCUAUUGGCAACCGGCAGCAUCCUUGCGCACUGAGCCUGUGCGAGCAGCAGAGGGCAGCAGAGAAGGGGGGGACCCAGAGACAGAUUGACACGAGAGUGUACUGUAGCAGGACUGUAAAGUGUAUUUGAAAGAGAUAUAGAUAUGAUUCAAUGGCAUUUGACACGUGAAAUUCCCAGGAAAUGUUUUUAAAAGUGUAUAUAGAUAGAUAGAUAGAUAGAUAGAUAGAUAGAUAGAUAGAUAGAUAGAUAGAUAGAUAGAUAGAUAGAUAGAUAGAUAGAUAGAUAGAUAGAUAGAUAGAUAGAUAGAUAGAUAGAUAGAUAGAUAGAUUUUGUGGAAAAAACUCGCGGCACGGUGUAUCAGCUGGUAAAGCGUUGGCCUCACAGUUCUGAGGACCUGGGUUCAAUCCCGGACCCGCCUGCGUGGAGUUUGCGUGGGUUUCCUCUGAGUGAGCCCUCCGGUUUCCUGCCACAUCCCAAAAAACACGCAACAUUAAUUGGACACUCUAAAUUGCCCCUAGGUGUGACUGCGGCUGUUUGUCUCCAUGUGCCCCGCGAUUGGCCGGCGACCAGUUCAGGGUGUACCCCAGAUCCUGCCCGUCGAGAGCUGGGAUAGGCUCCGGCACUCCCCGUGACCCUUGUGAGGAUGAGGAUUAUUAGCAGCACAUUCCAGUUUCAUCACAGCUUUAGGGUUGUCACACCCUAACCUUUGUCCUAACUCUAAAAAACAAAUUUUUGGAGCGCCACCAUUGGCGAUUGGGGCUGGUCACUAAGCGACCAUUAUCGGGGGGCACUGUAAACAUGGCGGGAGGGUUGCCCCAAAUCAAAUUAUUUUCGAGGCCGUCUAAGACUUUCGGCCAGCGACAUUUGUGGACACACGUUGGCGCACGCAGCCGCAUUCCUGCGACGACAACGCCCACGCGAUGCCUUCAGGUGCACUCGUCGACAUCAACCCCGUACACACCGCGCACGCCGGUUUUUGCCCGUCGUCUCCGGGAAGACAUUCCGGCUUCUGCAGAAGCGGCGGCAAACUGGUCAAGGUCAACUUUGAAAAGAUCUCGCAUAAACUUUCAUAUUCCCAGAAUCUGGAAUCCGGGAGCGGGCACUUCCCCAAGCCGCGCCUGAACACAGCGCCAGUCGGGGGGCGUUUCUCGCCACGGUCGUCGGCAGCGACGCCCGAGACUCGUCUUUCCUCCGCCGUCAUGGACAGAGGUUUAUCGGAAGAAGCGGUGGCCGACGCCUGCAAGGACGGCGACCCCGCCACCAAGGACUACAUGAUGCAGCAGACCAUGCUGAGGGUCAAAGAUCCCGCUCGCUCCCUGGACUUCUACACGCGAAUCCUCGGAAUGACGCUGCUCCAGAAAAUCGACUUCCCGUCGGUCCGCUUCAGCCUUUACUUCCUGGGCUUCGAGAACAAGGCCGACAUUCCGGCCGACAUCCGGGAGAGGACGGCCUGGACCUUUUCGCGUCGGGCCACCUUGGAGCUCACUCAUAACUGGGGGUCCGAGUCGGACGCAAGUUUAUCUUACCACAACGGAAACAGCGACCCCAUUGGCUUUGGUCACAUUGGCAUUGCUGUCCCCGACGUGGGCAUCGCUUGCCAUUUGUUUCAAUCUCUGGGCGUCACCUUCAUCAAGAAACCACACUCCGGCAAGAGGAAGGGCCUGGCCUUCAUUCGGGAUCCCGACGGCUACUGGAUCGAGAUAUUCACGCCCAACAAGAUGGCGGCCUUGAUGGCGCCUUGAGCGGGCGACGGACUGACUUUGGAAUUCCGGCAAAGCGAUUU